GGAGCAACAAUGGCAAAAGAAGUGAAGCUCUUAGGGACGUUAAUGAGUCCAUUUGUUAUCAGAGUCAAAUGGGCAAUGCAAAUGAAGGGUAUUGACUACGAGUACAUCGAAGAAGAUCUAGGCAACAAGAGCUCAUUGCUCCUCAAGUAUAAUCCACUUCAUAAGAAAGUUCCAGUGCUUGUUCACAAUGAAAAACCAAUUUGUGAAUCAUUUGUAAUCCUUGAAUACAUUGAUGAGACAUGGAAAGAUAAUCCAAUUUUGCCAAAGGAUCCUUACGCGAAGGCCAUGGCGCGAUUCUGGUCGAAUUUUGGUGAUGAAAAGGUAAGCAAUAAUCUCCUUCUCGUAGCCAGAGAAAACCUGAAAAUAUUAGAGGAGGAGCUUAAUGGGAGGAAAUUCUUUGGAGGAGAGACAAUUGGAUAUGCUGAUAUAUCUCUUGGUUGGUUAGCAACUAUGGUGGGCAUAUUAGAGGAAAUUAUCGAAAUGAAGAUUAUAGAUGAAGAGAGGCAUCCUUUCCUUUCUGCAUGGGUAGUUAAUUUCUCGAGCUUACCAGUUAUAAAUGAUUGUUUGCCGCCAAGAGAAACAAUGCUUACAAUGUUUCGUUUUGUCAUGAACAAAUCGAAAUAG